AUGGCAGACUCAGAUAGUCCUGUACGCCUAGAGCAACAGCAACAGUACGCAUAUCCUCUCGCGGGCAACGUCUACUAUAGACCACGAGCUGGACCACGGAGAAGUCGGCUAUCACCGACCCUUCCGAUCCCCCACAUCCGACCUCGGACACGCCGACCGCAGUCCAUACACAUCGUCUCCUACCCUGCCGGUUACAUACCGACCGAACUAAGGCCGCGCAAUACCACAAAGUCGCAAAGAUCGUCCAAGUCGAACAAGAAGAAGCAUAGCGACCCGGUCAGGAAGGAAGAUCGGUUUGUGAGCAGGUCCUCUCGGCGGGUGUUUGCGAAGGUUCUCGGACCUCUGAAGGCGCAUUUCUCCCCGCCUGCGGCGACCGAUCACGCUACUCCGCCCGGCGCUCCCGACUCCUCUAGACCACACACAUCAGGCACUCAGGGAACCAGGCCGCCGUCUCCGACAGCACCCUCUCCAUCAGCUACAUCUUUGGCGCCCGCAUACACGAUGAUGCCGGAAGUACGCCGACCGCCCAUGCUGAGCGCAGCUCUGAACAACUCCCACAGAAAUAGUAUUAUGACGGCACGGUCCGCGAAGAGUGUCAUGAGCUCUGUUACCGAGGUUCCAAAGCCGGUCGCUAGUGGAAGUGGAGUACAGUGCUCUAUUAUCCUGGCCGAGCCGAACGUCUUUCUCGCUGGUUUUGAACAUGAUGGGCACCCACGGCAUGAGGCCGCCAAUUCCACGGCUCUGUUGAGAGGAAAACUACAAUUGAACGUUACCAAAAACGUGAAGUUGAAGUCGGUGACGUUGAAGCUGCACGGCAGAGCGAGGACAGAAUGGCCAGAAGGAAUUCCGCCUAUGAAAGUCGACCAAUUCGAGGAGGAAUCGUUACGGACGCAGGUCUUGACCUUUUUCCACGCCAUGCACGAGACAUGGGAAACCGAAUUUGGCAACCAAUGCAACUAUACGUUACGGAAGAGUCCGGAGGUGUCAUCAGUCUCUGGUCUCACACCGACACAAUCCACAGUCUCUCUAGCCCUCAAUGGCAGGCCUAGAAAUAAUCUCACCGCGCGUGACUAUAAACGUCUGUCGCUACAGUCUGUCCAGUCUCGGAGCUUCGGGAAAGGGGACACACCCAACGCGAAUGUGAUGCAACAGAAAACGUACAAGGUCUUCUACCCUGGAACCUACGAAUACACCUUCGAGUUACCCAUUGACCACCAUCAACUCGAGACGACGAGGUUACAAUUCGGGUCGGUGAAAUGGGACCUCGAGACUAUCGUGGAGCGAGCAGGUGCCUUCAAGCCCAAUCUUCAUGGAUCCAAAGAAGUACGUAUUGUCCGGGUCCCUGACCAAUUAUCUCUCGAGAUGACGGAGCCCAUAUCGAUUAGCCGGCAGUGGGAGGAUCAACUUCACUACGACAUCAUGAUAUCCGGAAAAUCUUUCCCUAUUGGCACAAAGAUACCUAUAGCUUUCAAGUUGACACCGCUAGCCAAGGUGCAGAUUCACAAACUUAAGGUGUUCGCGACCGAAUCCAUUGAAUAUUGGACGAACGAUCGAAGGGUGACGCGGAAAGACCCUGGACGAAAGAUCCUCUUGUUCGAAAAGGCUGCUGGAAAACCUGUAGACAAGGCAUACGAAGGGUCAGAAAUAAGGGUUCUGAGCGGCGGCGAGCUUUCACCGGAAGAGAGGCAUGACGCGCGGCUCGCGGCGCAAAGACGGAGGAGCGCGGAAGCUUCACAGGCACAUACAGUGCCUCAGCCGUUGCCUGAUCUGACCGAGAACAUGCUAGGUGACCUGGACUUGGGCCUGGAGACAUACUGGGGAUCGACCGAGAUCGAGAUGAACGUCCAAAUCCCCACCUGCGAGCAAAUGGCCAAGGACAAGACGUUGCGACUUCACCCGGACUGUAGCUGGAAGAACGUCAAUGUCUACCACUGGAUUAAGAUUGUCAUGCGAAUCUCUCGUCUCGACCCAGAAGACCCAGCCGGCAAGCGCAGACGUCACUUUGAGAUCAGCAUCGAUUCACCCUUUACCGUCCUGGACUGUCGCGCCACCCAGGCAAACACAGCCUUGCCCGAGUACUCGGGCGCCGAUCAACCCAUGUACCGCCAGCACGCUCGUUGUGGAUGUCCUGAUUCAGACAUCCUUGCGACCAACCCCAGCCCGGCGUCCAGCACCGGCACGAUACCAUCUGUCGAGCCCAGCCCAGGUCCUCCUAGUGUCGAGUCGCCUGGGAUUGCGCCACCUCCAGCUGCGCACGUACAGCAGCAUGCAGCCGGCGGUUCCCAGCCAGUCCAAAGGCAACAAGGCGCACAUCCUCAAGCCGCCGCACGGCCCAUGCACCUGAUGCGCUAUCCGAGUUUCAACCCUCCCGCUUUCGACGAAGACGAACCGCCGCCUCCCAUGGCGACGCCGCCCCCGCAGUAUGACAUUGUUGUAGGAACACCCAGUGUUGAUGGACUGGCUGAUUACUUCACACGGCUAGCCGACUACAAUGACGGCGACUCUGACAGCGCCGACGAGGACGAGAGUGCGCCUAGCCGGCUGGUCGGACGCAGUGGUCGCGUCAACGUGCCGCAUCCGCGAACGCCAGGCGGACGCCUCGUGAGCCGGAGUCUGGAAAUCCAACGUCCCGCGAUACCCAUGACGCUCAACAUGGCUGGGGCAUUACAAGAGAGGCGGGGCUAG